CACUCCAUACAGAGUGAGUGAGUUUCUUAUUUUCUUUUCAAAUAAUAAUAAUAAUAAUAAUCAUAAUUUCCAUUUCAUUUCAUUCUUCGCCAACUGCUAAAUUCCGAAGUUGUGAAAAUUCAGGGUUAGGGCUUUUCUCAGAGGGCGUCGUCUCCGUUUUGAAGCAAUGGUCGUCUCAACCAGUUUCGCCGGUGCAAAAUUGGAGGCUUUACUGUUGAAGUCUUCUUCGGCUAAUACGACGACGUCCUCCUCCUCCAGGGUUGCUUCCUCCUCUUCUCAGCUCUCGCCCUUGUGCAAACCUAUUCGUGCCAGAAGAGCCCUAUUUCAGAGAGGGAGGAUCAUUAGGUGCGAGGUCGCUGCUUCUGAGGCUUCGGUUCAGACUGAUCAGCCCGGUGGUUCUAAUAUCUCCGCACUUGAACAGCUCAAGACCUCUGCUGCUGAUAGGUAUACGAAGGAGAGGAGCAGUAUUGUGGUCAUCGGACUCAGUGUUCACACUACACCUGUUGAAAUCCGUGAAAAGCUUGCGAUUCCAGAAGCAGAAUGGCCUCGAGCCGUAGGAGAGCUUUGCGGUUUAAAUCAUAUAGAAGAAGCUGCUGUUCUCAGUACCUGCAACAGAAUGGAGAUAUAUGUAGUAGCUCUAUCUCAGCAUCGUGGUGUAAAAGAAGUGACAGAGUGGAUGUCAAAGACAAGUGGUAUCCCUACUUCAGAGAUUUGCAAGCAUCGGUUUCUACUGUAUAACAAUGAUGCAACACAACAUCUCUUUGAAGUAUCAGCAGGUCUUGACUCUCUUGUCCUUGGAGAAGGUCAAAUUCUUGCACAGGUUAAGCAAGUUGUCAAAGUUGGGCAAGGAAUUGUUGGCUUUGGUAGGAACAUUAGUGGGCUGUUUAAGCAUGCAAUCACUGUGGGAAAGCGGGUUAGAACUGAGACCAACAUUGCUGCAGGUGCAGUUUCUGUGAGCUCUGCUGCUGUUGAACUUGCCUUGAUGAAGCUUCCUGAACCAUCUCACACUACUGCUCGUAUGUUGGUGAUUGGAGCUGGAAAGAUGGGAAAGCUUGUGAUAAAACACUUGGCCGCAAAAGGUUGUACAAAAAUGGUGGUUGUGAAUAGAUCCGAAGAAAGAGUUGCUGCCAUCCGUGAGGAGAUUAACGGUGUAGAGAUUAUCUACAAACCCCUUACUGAAAUGCUAACUUGUGCUGCUGAAGCAGAUGUUGUGUUUACUAGCACAGCAUCAGAGACUCCAUUGUUUUUGAAACAGCAUGUGAAGGAUCUUCCUGCUGUUGGUCAAGAAACUGGGGGUUUGAGGCUCUUCGUCGAUAUUUCUGUUCCUCGGAAUGUGGGUUCAUGUGUUGGAGAGGUUGAGACUGUGAGAAUUUACAAUGUUGAUGACCUUAAAGAGGUUGUGGCUGCUAAUAAAGAAGAUCGUCUCCGCAAAGCAAUGGAGGCUCAGGCAAUUAUUGCUGAUGAAUCAAAACAGUUUGAAGCAUGGAGGGACUCACUGGAGACUGUUCCGACCAUCAAGAAACUGAGAGCUUAUGCUGAAAGAAUUAGGGCUGCUGAGCUAGAAAAAUGCUUAUCAAAGAUGGGAGACGAUAUCUCCAAGAAAACAAGAAAAGCUGUGGAUGAUCUUAGCCGAGGUAUCAUGAACAAGCUCCUCCAUGGUCCAAUGCAACACUUGAGAUGUGAUGGUAGUGAUAGCCGGACUUUGUCAGAAACUCUUGAGAAUAUGCACGCACUUAAUAGAAUGUUCAGUCUCGAGACAGAAAUAUCUGUCUUGGAGCAAAAAAUUCGAGCCAAGGUGGAACAAACCCAGAAGUAAGAUAUUACUAUGAAAAACUUUCUUUCACUAUACACCUUUAUUACUUUCUGAUUCUGAACAAGGGGUAACAUCCCCAUAUUCUCAUUCUAGUGUUUGCACGGUUGUAACUUUUAGUGCCGUUGAUAUACAGUGCUUGUCCUUGUGAGGACCUUUCAAUUCAUUUGUUGUAAGACACUUUUGCGUAACUCUCACUUGGAGUUCCUUUUUA